GCAGCGUUCUUCCAUCCCAUGCCCAAUCGACGCGCUUCUGAACCCAGGCUCAUGGAUGAGCCUGCAAGUUAGUUUCAGCUCGUUGCCGAAGCCGACGCUAGGUCUUCGACUCUCUGAAUGUUCGUUCGUUUCUUCCAACAAUUGUGGAUCAUUCUUGUCUUUUUGGUCGUCUCUUCCAAUCCUAGCGGAGGUUUCCUUAUGAUUCCUGUUUUCCACCGCUAUUAGGGAAGAAGUUGACACCGUCGCCUAUCUAUUCCAUAUCUAUAGUUUGUUCUUAACUGUAAGAUGCCAGCAGCAUAUUUUCCAAGCAACAAAGCACUUCGAUCAUCUGCAAAAUUUCUACUCAGAUGCAGCCAGUCGAGCUUAUUUCAAUCGUAUUCCUACUCUGCUCUUGCUGGCAGCCUUCGAGCAUUUCAAAAUAUUGAUCGAUUCACUACCCAGUCUGUCGUCAGGGCACUAUCACGUAUUAUUUUUGUUCCUUCUUUGACAGGUCAAUCUUAUCGGUCAUGCAUAGAUAGCACUGCUUAUCUUAGCACUGCUUACCUUGUCUCCGUGUCUGCUCAUAGUUCUUCCUCUCAUAUAUCCCAGAGGAGUACGACAUCAGUAGGAAAUGCUUUGUCUCAUGAACCUGAAUUGAUCGCCAAUAAUCAGAGUGGUUGGGGUUCUACAGUGGAUCGUAAACCUUUCUGGUUCAGAGAUUCACUGAAUGUUUUGAGUUGUAAACCUCCUUCGGUAAAUGGGAUUAGUCGGUUAGCUUCAUUACUCUUCUCAUCCUGCCCUAAUGGAGUAGCUACUGACAUACCCCUUGAUGGUUCUCCACGGGAAGAACUACUUGAUAGUCCUUCAAGUUCAUCUGAGGCAGACCAGAAAAAGCCAAGUAAUAGAGUGUUGAAACUACUGUCUGGAUCAUGUUAUCUGCCACACCCAGAUAAGGAGGAAACUGGUGGUGAGGAUGCUCAUUUCAUAUGGGAUGAGCAAGCGAUAGGUGUAGCAGAUGGUGUUGGUGGCUGGGCGGAUCAAGGGGUUGAUUCAGGACAAUAUUCUAGAUCACUUAUGUUACAUUCAGUAGAUGCAAUUGAAGAAGAGCCGAAAGGGUCCAUUAAUCCAUUAAAGGUGUUAGAGAAAGCCUAUGCAAGAACUAAAGAGAAAGGAUCAUCAACAGCUUGCAUUAUCGCACUUACAGAUCAGGGGAUUCAUGCAGUCAACCUUGGUGACAGUGGUUUCAUAAUAGUUAGAGAUGGUUGCACUGUAUUCAAAUCACCAGUGCAGCAACAUGAUUUCAACUUUACUUAUCAACUGGAGAGUAGCAAUGCGAGUGAUCUUCCUAGUUCUGCCCAGGUGUUCACUGUCCCAGUCGAAUCAGGCGACGUGAUUGUCACAGGGACAGAUGGUCUCUUCGAUAACCUGUACAACAACGAGAUCACUGCCGUGGUGGUUCAUGGGAUUCGAGCUGGUUUGGAACCUCAAGUGAUGGCCCAGAAGAUUGCCGCAUUGGCUCGCCAACGAGCUCAGGAUAAGAACAGGCAAACACCAUUCUCGACUGCAGCUCAACACGCUGGAUACCGAUACUACGGAGGCAAGCUAGAUGACAUUACUGUUCUUGUAUCCUUCAUUACUGCCUUCGGCGCUUAAAAUCGUACCCCCUAUUGCCUUGCUACUUAUUAACUUUCCAGAUUUUUUUUUGUUUCACGUGUUUAUAUGAUGAUGAGCGAACCAUUUCGAUUAUUCUUAGCUAGUCAUAUUCCUGAACUAGUGGAUUCUGGUUACCUGUCUUUCUGUGAUUUCAUUUCCUGAGCUUUAGUUGUUGUGUAAAACUCAACCACUUGAAGAUGCCUGGCGUCAAGUAUAAAACUUGUUAGUAUUC